CUCAAUUUUAAUUUUUUUUUUCUUUUUGUCACAAGAACCGUCUUUUGACCAUCCCCUCCUUCUCCUCCCUCUCUUUCUUCUCUUGUUCCUCCCAUCUGCUCCAAUCUUUCCUCCUUCCAUCUCAUUAUAUUUUUAUAUCUCUGUAUCUAUAUGUUUCUCAGAUCCUUUCCAUAAAUGAUCCAUUUUCUUCUCCGCCAGCAAUGGUUUUCGAUCAAAACCUCUGAAAAGUAAAACUUCGCUUCCUUUCUCUGUUUUUUAUCUUCUCGGUCAACCAUGGGAGGGUGCUUCUCCACCAUCAAAGUCAGUGGCUCAAAUAGCAACAACACUGCCCCCGCCACCCCUGCCGACAAUCACAACCGAAAACAGAGCACAACAGCCGGGAAGCAAGAACAGAGACCCACCCACGGACCCAAUGAACCGCCCAAGAAGCAGGUUGUUCAUAAACCCAAAAACAAGCUCAACUCCAGGAGCCGGACGGGGGUCAUUCCCUGCGGAAAGCGGACCGAUUUCGGGUACGAUAAGAAUUUCGAUAAGCGGUACACGAUCGGGAAGUUGUUGGGUCACGGACAAUUUGGGUACACGUACGUUGCAACCGAUAGGGCAAAUGGGGAUCGAGUUGCGGUCAAGAGGAUUGAUAAGAACAAGAUGAUUCUACCUAUUGCUGUUGAGGAUGUUAAGCGAGAGGUCAGGAUAUUACAGGCCCUUGCAGGCCAUGAAAAUGUGGUCCACUUUUAUAAUGCCUGUGAAGAUGACUCUUAUGUGUAUAUAGUUAUGGAGUUAUGUGAAGGCGGUGAGUUGCUGGAUCGGAUUCUAGAGAAGAAGGACAGCCGUUACACUGAAAAGGAUGCCGCAGUAGUUGUAAGGCAGAUGCUCAAGGUUGCAGCUGAGUGUCAUUUACAUGGUCUGGUGCACCGUGACAUGAAACCUGAGAAUUUCCUUUUCAAGUCGAAAGCCUUAGACUCGCCUUUGAAGGCAACAGACUUUGGUUUGUCUGACUUCAUAAAACCAGGGAAGAAGUUUCAAGAUAUUGUUGGCAGUGCUUACUACGUUGCUCCUGAAGUAUUGAAACGCAAGUCAGGGCCUGAGUCAGAUGUUUGGAGUAUUGGUGUUAUUACCUACAUUUUGCUUUGCGGGAGACGUCCAUUUUGGGAUAAGACCGAAGAUGGUAUAUUUAAGGAGGUCUUAAGGAAGAAGCCUGAUUUUGGUCGCAAACCAUGGCCAAGCAUAAGUAACAGUGCUAAAGAUUUUGUUAAGAAGUUACUUGUGAAGGAUCCUCGGGCGAGGCUAACUGCUGCUCAGGCUCUAUCACACCCAUGGGUUAAAGAAGGAGGUGAUGCAUCAGAGAUUCCCAUCGAUAUAUCUGUUCUCAAUAACAUGCGCCAGUUCGUGAGAUAUAGUCGUUUGAAACAGUUUGCUCUAAGGGCAUUAGCUAGCACGCUUAAUCCUGAGGAGCUAUCUGAUCUCAAAGAUCAAUUUGAUGCAAUUGACAUGGAUAAGAAUGGUGCGAUUAGUCUCGAAGAAAUGAGACAGGCACUUGCUAAAGAUGUCCCUUGGAAAUUGAAAGAUUCGCGUGUCCUUGAGAUACUGGAAGCGAUUGACAGCAACACAGACGGGCUUGUGGACUUCACUGAGUUUGUCGCUGCUACUCUACAUGUGCAUCAAUUGGAGGAACAUGACUCACAGAAAUGGCAGCAGCGCUCACGGGCAGCUUUUGAGAAAUUCGACAUAGAUAGAGAUGGGUUUAUAACUCCAGAGGAACUUAGAAUGCACACGGGUUUAAAAGGUUCUAUAGAUCCACUUCUUGACGAGGCGGACAUUGACAAAGAUGGGAGGAUCAGCCUAUCAGAAUUCCGUAGACUUCUAAGAACUGCGAGCAUUACCUCAAGAACUGUGACUAGCUCACCUGGUCACCGGAAUGCUAGGAAGCUGUAGAUUGGAAGUAAGAGAGAGUAUGAAAGGUGUUCCGGUUUUCUAAUUCAUAACCAUCUGAACCACUCUUGAACUCAAGUAUUCAGCAAUUUUAUUCUUCAUAGGAUUGAUAUAAACGUUUCACUGAGACGUGUGAUGUUAGAGUUGGUGUGGAUCUAAAAGGUGGUGGCUCCGGCUCCGGCUCCGGCUACGGUGGUUGUUCUAAGUGUACAUCCUUUUGCAGAUGUUGGAGAUUUGUUGUUUGUGCCAUACAAUUUAUGAUGUGUGACAUAAAUAAAUUAUAAAGUAUGGCAGAUUACAACCAGAACGGGGUUCAUACGAUAUUCAAAAACUAGGGUUGGCUACGGAUUGGUUCGGUGCGGUUUUGAGUAAAACCAAAACCGAAAUUGAAAUUUGCGGUUUGGUUCGUUCGGUGUGUUUCAAAUAGUUUCGGUUUGGUUUUUAAGAAAAAAUGUACAAUUUGCAAUUUAACAUAUUAAUAAGCAUUUCCCAGUAGCAAUAGGAAA